AUGGAUCAGUCCGGGAACGCCGCUCCGGUCGCCAUGUAUGCUGGCCGUGGUGGUCAGUCCAGCGGAGGAUCCGGACGUGGUGGGCGACAGAACAACUCCAAUCGCGGCCGUGGGCGAGGAGGUCGGCAGUCCAGUGGUCGUGGCCGUGGCAGCCCUCGCUGCCAAAUAUGCAGGAGUCACGGUCAUACUGCUGUUUUCUGCAACAAACGAUACACCGAGCCACCGCCGCAUGCCCACAUGGCUGUCGCGGGAACACCACCGACUGACACUGCCCAAUCCGAAGCUUGGUUUCCCGACACCGGCGCCACCACUCACGCGUCGCCGGACGAGUAG